GAAUUGCCCAUCUCUAGUUGUCAUAAAAUCAUUGAAAAAUUCCAUUUGUUUCUUCGAACGCACGUAAACAUACGUUCAAAAAAGUGAAAAUUCAAGUCGAAGCCUUUCGAUUCCGUAAAGGAAAAUUAGCAAUUCGAAUGUGGUGUCUGUGAAUGCGGUACAAGCACCAUCGCCAGUAUCAAACGCGGAAGAAUGCAUCUCUCGCAGGAUGUGUCGAGUGCGCUGCAGCAAAUCGAAAUCAUCAAACAGACUGUGGAGGAAAUGGAUCCGAACAAAUCGCAGCUGAAUGUGAUGGAUGAUUUGAAAAUGAUAAUUGAUUUGCUGCAGGAUCCCGUUUUUCGGAACAUUGUCCAAAUACAGGAUUCGCUGGCCGAAUUGAAUAAUCAAAUCACGCAGCACCCUUCGAUCCUACCUGGAGAUUUCGAUAUAGCGAAUAGUGGAGAAUUGGUGCUAAAUGUUCCGCCAGCAUCGGAUUUGUUCGAUACGGAAUAUCCGGACGAGCAGCGAGUGCCAUCGGCUCAGAUAUCUCCAGGGAGCCCAGCACCGACACUACAACAGCAAAAAUCGAAUGUGUUAGAUCAUUCGUUGCAGAAUUCGCAACAGGGCUUGCUGUUGGCUCAGUCCCAUCCAGCUCCGUUGAAGCGAACCAACGAGCUGAUGGAAAGUGCAGUUGAGGAUCAUCACAAUCAUGAACCUCAGGACGAAACAAUGCAACAGGGACUGUAUGACGUUCAGAAGUCUUCAGCGGAUCUGCUGGAUGUACCGGAAUGGUCAAGAAUUUUAGACAUUGAACUGGUCAAUGAUGGGACUGGUCUUGGAUUCGGUAUCAUUGGAGCUCGUGCCACUGGAGUGACAGUCAAAACAAUUCUAGCCGGCGGCGUUGCAGAUCGUGAUGGAAGACUUCAAUCCGGUGACCAGAUUCUUCAGAUUGGUGACGUAAAUCUUCAUGAGAUGGUUUCCGAGCAGGUGGCAUCGGUCCUUCGCCAAUCUGGAACGCACGUUCAGUUAGUGGUUGCUAGACCUAUAGAUGCCAACAACGGUACCAUCGAGGAUUUCGAUAACUCGGCCAUUGUUCCAACGGUUUUGCUGUCCGACCCAUUGAAAUUGAAGCAGUACCUAGCCGAUUCAGGUUAUCCCGAGAUUUUCAGUGUUUAUUCGAUUGGUAAUCUGGAACAGAGUGCGUUUGAAAAGGACAGUCCGAUAGAAUUCCCGGAAACGGAGGUAUUUACUGUCGAACUAAUGAAGGAUCAGAACGGCCUCGGCAUAACAAUUGCCGGUUAUGUAUGCGAGAAGGAAGAGCUUUCCGGAAUUUUCGUCAAAAGUGUCUCGCCGGGAAGCGCAGCUGAUCUUAGCGGAAAAAUUCAAGUGAACGAUCGAAUUAUUGAAGUGGAUGGUCAGUCUCUGCAUGGCUUCUCGAAUCAUCAGGCGGUAGACGUUCUGAAGCAAAGUGGUCACGUCGUUAAACUCUGUCUGGAGCGUUAUCUCCGAGGUCCAAAAUAUGACCAGCUACAGCAGGCCAUCGCUGCCAAUGAAAUGAAACCACCGACCCCUGCCACACCACCUCCGGUUCUUACUCCGGGCGGAGAUUUAUCCAAGUACGGAAACAACAUCCUUGAUAUUGUGCCGCGUAAUGUCGAUAAACGAUCUCCCGAAUCGAAACUGUUCAACAAUAGUUUUAGCGAUGACGAAAGUAAUCUGAUGAUGAUGGGUGAGCCGGACAAGCAGUUGGAAACGAUGAUGGCUCACAAGAAGCUGGCCCGUGCCAAGGAUUCGAUCGAUAGCGCUGAAUAUCGCGAGAAGAUGAAGGAAGCAUCGAUUAUACCGACCUCGUCCGGGGAGGCAAAUCUGGACCUGUUGCUGGCGGAAGGCAGCACGAACUUGGCAACGUUUAUCAACCAUGGCAAGCAGCGCAGUUCGCUGAAGGUGACCGAGGAAACGGAAGCUUUCAUCGUCAAGAAAUGGAACAGCAUCCUUGGUUCGAACGUGAAAAUCAUUGUGGCCAACAUUAGAAAGUUCAAUGCAUGCAGUGGGCUUGGAAUUUCGCUGGAAGGAACAGUCGAUGUCGAAGGCGGUAAGGAAGUACGGCCGCAUCAUUACAUACGUUCGAUUCUCCCGGAGGGACCGGUCGGACAGAAUGGACUGUUGCGAUCCGGUGAUGAAUUAUUAGAGGUCAACGGCCAGCGGCUUCUCGGCAUGAAUCACCUGGAGGUGGUUUCUAUUCUGAAGGAAUUACCGCAGGACGUCUGUAUGGUGUGCGGUCGUGGCGAUCCGGAAAUGGUAGAAUUCUCGGAGGAGGCUCUGAUCAACUCGUUAGAGCAAGAGGUAGCAAAGAGUAGAACCGGCGGAUUACAGAGCAGUCUGACGCCAUCGGAACGUCUGGUCAAGGCGAAAAGUGACGGUAGCUUGGCCACAACGGGUGGUCCCAGUGAUGGCUUUUCGAAGAUCAAAUCCAGAAGCUUGGAACCACUGACCGGAUUGGCAAUGUGGAGCUCCGAGCCGCAGAUAAUUGAACUGGUCAAGGGAGAGCGUGGGCUUGGAUUUUCCAUUCUGGACUACCAGGAUCCUUUGGAUCCGAACGAUACGUUGAUCGUAAUUCGGUCGUUGGUUCCCGGUGGGGUUGCCCAAUUGGACGGUCGAUUAAUUCCCGGCGAUAGGCUGCUGUUUGUGAACGAUACAGUUUUGGAAAAUGCUUCGCUCGAUCAGGCCGUCCAGGCGUUGAAGGGCGCUCCGAAGGGUGUAGUCCGGAUUGGCGUUGCCAAACCGCUACCGAUGCAGGAUUCGUCGACUUUCGAGGGUAAAAGUGGGGAGACUGGAGUCGGCUCCAGCUAUUCCGUUCAUGAUUCGCCACGCAUCGGCAGCGGCACUUUGUUAUCCAUGAGUAAACCGGAUAUAAUUAUGGAAUGAGUACGUAUAGUCAUAAGCAGGGAUGAAUAUCAACGCUGUUUUACCUUGUUGAAGCUUUUAAACAAUUUGUUGCAAUUUAUUGAUCAUGUUAGUUCCAUCACGGACGACACAUAUUUGGUUUAAGUAUUUCCGGAACUUGAACCAAAAACUUGAAAAGCUCCUUCCAAGUUCAAUCUGUCACAAUUAUACGCGGCGUUUGGGUCGGGCACUCGCUGCCAAUGUUCCAGCAAAGGCCCAGGACUGCGUGCCACCGGUGUAAGUAGUUUGCGAAAGUUUUGCCUUUACCCGGUAUGCUUAUUUGUAUGUACUUAACUUGUUUCAUUGAUUAUCGGUAAGACAUCGGUUUUCUUACUCCUCAUCCAACAUCCAUCCACCGUACAAGUAUUUGUUUUUUUUUUCUCUGCAAGCACUAUUCCAGCACUGUCCUGCUGUUAGGCGAUUAUGCCUUUGCUGUUUUUUCGCCAUUCGUCUUUAAAAAUCAUUGUCACGGUCUAGGCCAAUGACUCAAGUAUCUAUUUCUACCUUAAGGGACGACUUUUGGGGUCUUGAAGUAAAAUGGAUAUUGUUUUUAAUUAUCGUAUGUUUGUCUGAACAUACGAUUAGUUAGUGUUUCUGCUUGGCGGUUCAACGCGUGCAAAGUUUCUUAGUGUAAAUGGGGUCGUAACACUAACCAUGUAAUGGUUCUGUUCACUAAGCAUCAGGAAUCAAAUUCGUCAACAGGAAUUCCAUACCAAGUCUUUGCCAUGCCAUAGAGUAAAAAUAGUAAACCUAAUUUGAACAAUUAUUCAUACGUAGACUCUAGUCGUCCCAAGAGGUUCCGAUACCGCCAUGUAUCACGACUUCCAUACACAUCAAACAUUCGAAUCGCGCACGUAAUUCAGUUCAGAAUCGGUUGGUAAAUUCUCAAAGUUGUUUAUUUUUUGCGCUUUUUAUUCGAAGAGGUCCGCGUAUUCGUUUCUGACUUAUGACGUUAAUCGGAUAUGAUAAAAAAAAACAAUGGAAUACCAAACAAAACAUACUACAGCCCAACUUCGUUAGGCCGUGAAUAGUGAGUCGGCUGUCAGACCAAGUCUGUAUUUGACGUUGGUUUCAGUAGCAGGACGAACUGUUCGUGGGACUAAUGAAUUUUGGCUUUAUUUUCUCGAAGAGAGAAAUUGUCAAAAUUGAACGUUUGUGCAGUGUGGAAGUGCACGCUGAAAUCGAAAUUUAUUGGAUCUGUAGAAUGUGUCGAUGUUUAGAGCAGCAACGCAAGGCACGUGCAACUGCCGAGUAGAGAGAAUAGCAGUUUUUGCCCGUGGGGCAUUGGAUGAACAUUAUUGUUCUUCUCGUAGAAUUCAACAUAAAUUUUCAUGAUAAAAGUGAACUCGUAAAAAACAAAGCUAGGCAGUAGAAUAGAUUCCAGUAGAAUUUGACGCAGGUUCAACAAAGUAGCUCAACUCGAUUGAAAGACUAGAGAAAACGAAAGACGUUUCUUGAUGAAAUUAUUUUUCUUGAACAAUCAGCUUAGUUAGAAUACGGAAUCAAAUCAAACCCCAUCUUAGUACAUCGUUCUUCCCUAUUACUUAUUGCUCAUAUAGGAUAUAUUGAUGAACUGGUGGCGGUUAAUGAAAUUGGUGUUGUAAAAAUAUGAUUGAACCCUGUUACUUGAUAAUAGAGCAGCAAUCUUGGAGUGGAUGGCUUGGCUGAACAAAUAAAACAUAACAAAAAAACACCGCCCCUCCCCGCAACAUUACAUUAGAAUUAAAAAUUAAAAUUAUAAUGUGAGCGACUCAUUUCCAUUGGUUGUUUCCCACCAAAAGAAAUUUGCUGAAAAGAUUGGUUUCCCCUCACUUUCAAUAGUUGUACUUAAGACCAUGUACGGUCGACAUUUACACGACGAAUCAAUGCAGAUUUUCCAUUGAACAGAUCACAAUGUACGUUGAAAAACAAUAUUCAGUAGAUUAUAUAGCAACACAAUAAAAUAUCACCUAAAUGCAAGUGAAGCAAAUGAUGGUAUGAAAAUAAAUGUAUUACAAAGAAAGUUUAUUUAUAUACAAUGUUUAGACAAAAUCAUUCCACUUAGUUUAACAAUUAUACUACUGCAAUUAUAUAUUCUAUACGAUAUUAUAGAGACAUUUAUUGAUUAUACCUA